ACCUGCAUGUACAACCAAAUCAAAGAAGAGUCGGAUGCCACCAGCUUUUCCCUCUAUCCUCCAGAUGUGUUGCUUUACUAUGAUUACUCUCUGGUGCCACGGAGCAGCUGCAGGUCUUAUUUUCAAGAGUUGGCUGAUGCCGACUUUUCCAUUUUUUCUCCAGCACUGACAUACAGACAGUCUGCUUUGUUUGAUAAUGCAAGGAACUGCUUGGGAAUAACUAGCACAAGUUUAACUGAGGAUAAUGUAUCAGUUUUGGGGAACAUGUGCUGCAUUCUUGAUGGCUCCUACAUCCAAAACUCUCAUCCAUCUAUACUGGAACAACUCAAGAACUGUCCAGAUCUCACUGUUGGUCAAUCAACUGCAGUUAUAACCCUUCUGACCAAUGGAAAUACACCUUAUGGAGAUCCUUCAACAUGGAGUGAACAAACUCUAAAAGACCUUGGGAUGCUAACUCUGCAUUUGCCUUCAUCUUUCUAUCAGCACUUUGAUCAGGACACAAAGCGUAACUUCUUGAAAUACUUUCUGAAAGUCUUUGGUAGAGUGAGUAGAGAACAGAGGAAGCAACUGAAGAAGGAGAUAAGACAGUCCAUCAAAAGUGAUUCAGACCAAACUGCAGAGUGCACAGUUGGAAUAAUCACUCAGGUCACAAUCAGUGACCCCACCUUCCCCUUUGACUAUAACAUCAACCAAUUCAACAACUGUCUGUCAGUUUCAACUGUCAAAGACAACUUGGAUGGCAUCACAGAAGAGGUGGAUGAGGUGGAAUACCUCAGAAUUGUUCUCCAGAAACUGCAAGACGCUGAAAACUCCAUCAUUCCAGAAGAUCAGGUUCAGCUCCUAAGUGCAGCUUCUCGAGUUGCCACAGUUCAAGAUAUUAUUUCAUGGACCAUCAGUAAAAUCGACACGCUUGCUGCUUUGAUGGACUCUUCAAAUGGAGGCUGGGACCCAAGCUUAGCUAAGGUUAUCAUCUCUAAGUAUCUGGCUGUGGGAGGAAACAAACUAGGCAGUGCAGAGCUGAAUGUUAUUGGGGGACCAAAUCUGUGCUCUCUAGAUGUGGAUGUCAUCAGGACUAUUUCAUCACAAAGCUUCAGAGAAGUUGACUCUCUGGACAUCUCUAGCUGCACUACUGACAAAAAGAAAGAGUUUUUCACUAUCUCCUUUGAAGCAUUCAACCUUACAACAAGCUCAGUUUCUGUUUUUCAGCUCAUACAACCAUACAUUGGAGGUGCAAAUGCUAAUUAUAUUCGUAGUUUGGUGGUCUCUGAUGUUAACAUGGACCUGGCCACCUUCACCAGUUUGGAUGAAAACGUUGUGCUGAGUCUAACUGCAAGUGAAGUUAAAGGUCUCCUCGGCACCAACCUCCCAGAUUUGAAGUCUUAUGAAAACCAAACUCUGGUGCAGACGUGGAUCAGAAGUCAAAACCAGUCUGAGCUUGAUAUUCUAAGAUUGGGCUUCCUAAAAGGCAAAGUUGAUCCCACGAUUCCUCCAUAUAACAGUUCUACAACAACUUUGUUACCAACAACAACUACUGUAACUGGAGUUAAUCCAUCACCAUCAACCACAACUGAACCUCCAACUUUAGGACCUACAUCAACUUUAUCUUCAACAACUAUGACCUCUAUUCUUUCUGAAAUGACCAGUUCUGCAACUACAGAUGACAACAAAGGAAAGUGCCGAGUUAUCACAGCAAAUGAAUCAAAUACAUGUGUUGGAGUAAACAGCACAGAUCUUCAAGUCUUCCUCAACAGUGGAAAGAUGAACGGACGCUUCUGUAACUUUUCUGUGGAAGAGUUUGCUUGUGCCUCUCUUUCAGCCUUAACAGCACAGGACCUGGUAGAGAUUAUGACGUGUGAUCUGUCAUCAAACUCAAGUGGGUCCAUAUCGGCCUGGAAUCUUCUCUUCUGUAAAACUUCCAGGAUCCUGAAUGCAGCUCUGAAUCUUCUGACCACUGCAACAAUCAACCCCAACAAUCCUGCAGUGUCAGUGAUUUUGGACAGCAUACAAGCAAUCAGUCCAGAUCUUUUCAGCACAAACACACUGAAUAAUCUCACUGAGCUGCAGCUGUGGUUUAACGUUCGCCUUCGCCCGUUCUUGCCUGCUGUUUCCACCAACUUUCUCUCAAUUCUUGCAACAAAGGAUUUGCAGUGCAGCUCCUACCAAUAUAUGUAAGCAAGACAACAAAUAUUAGUAGGGAAUAUACCUGAAAAUCUGACUAAUUAUUUAAUUAUGUCACAGUAUUAUAUGUUGUGUAUUCAUCGAAUGUCCUACUCAUGUGUUUUAAAAAAUAGCUUGCAAAUAUUGAGUGAAGUACAACCUCAGAUGACUCUUUCUAAGCAAGAAUCUGUGUACACACAAUUCAUCAAGAUCUACCUGAGCAG